AUGCCUGCUAUUGUGUCGUUUCCCGCUCGCCCCAGGAUCCUGUGCGGCUGGGGGAAGCGUGAAUUGGCAGCAGGUUCUGGAGGCAGCAGCCCCGCCGCGCACAACGGCCGCGACAGCUGCCCCGCGCCCACCAACCUGACCGCCUCCUGCUCCCACUUUUGCUGCGCUUCACAGGGCGAACUGCGUCUGGGCGUACUCAUCGAGCACUCGAGCUAUCCCAACUGGUUCAAGUGGCGCCACUGGACCUGCAUCACUGCCAGGGUGGUGCAGAACAUCGUGUGCGCCGACAACCUGGAAGGCCUGGACCUGCUGAGCGACGAGCACCAGGAGGUGGUGCGUGGCACGUUUGAGGACCCGCCGGCGCCCAAGCCGCGCAAGCAGGCGGUGAAGCAGCGGGAGGUGGACUCUGAUGGGGAGGAGAUCGAGAACCAGCCGCCGCCAAAGCCGCGCAAGCAGCGCGCCAAGCGCAAGCCGCAGCAGCAGGCGCCUGCACCGGCUGCCACUGCGCCGGCGGCGCCUGCCGCGCCGGCGGCCGGCCGGCCCGCGUCGCUGGCAGCGCUGGGCGUGCCCGCCGGCGCGAUGAUGCCGCCAGGGGUGCUGGGGCCUGACGGCCAGCUGCGGUCGCACCUGCUGCCCUUCCUGCCCAUGCUGACGGGGGUGGACCCUGCCAGCCUGCCUCUGGUGCUGGGGCACCUGGCCCUGAACAUCAGCCAGAACAUGCAAGCCUUCUCGAGCCUGUUUGCGGCACCGGCGCCGGCGCCAGCGGCGGUGCCGGCAGCCGGGCCGGGGCAGGUGAAGGGCGAGGAUGGGGAGGAUGGGGAGGAUGAGGCAGCGGGCGAGGUGGAGCGCGCGCCGGUCCGCAGGCACCCGCCGCGCAAGGCGACAGCCAAGAAGAAGAAGAAGCAGGACUCGGACGACGAGUGGCGCCAUGCGCGGUUGCACUGCGCAGGGGGCAGGUUGGGACAGUGCGGCGCGGAGAGCGGCAGCUCCCGCCACCGCCGCCAGCAGGCUCCGCAAGGCAGCCAGCGCUCCACUGCCCAGGCGCCUGCCGGCCCCUACGCCAUGACCAUGCCGCCGCGGCCCUGCCCCGCGUGCGGUGCAGGCUACAACGCCGACCAGCUGGCGGCGGGGCUGCAGGUGGGGCUGGGCGUGUGCGUCAUGCUGGCCGCGCUGUCGCCGCCGGCGGUGUGGAGCGCGCUCUCCCUGCAGCCCGCCGCCAUCACGCCCGUCUAUGCCGUCGUCACCUUCUGCGUGGUGCUGCAGCCCAACCUGGGCACCGCCUCCCAGUUUGUGCUGAUGCGGGCGGCGGGCGCGGUGGUGGGCGGGCUGUGCGGCCUGCUGUGCAUGUACCUCACCUACGCCGCCAACGGGGGCAGCUACCAGCAGUCUGCCACCAAGGCGGGGGCCAUGGUGGCGCUCCUCUCCCUCUUCUCCUUCGUGUUCUCCCUGUACCGCUUCCGGUACCCGCGGUACUGGUUCGCCUUCACGGUGGCCACCUUCAGCAUGCCCAUGGUGGCUCUCAACCCCUACCACCAGACAUACGUGGAGCACCAGGCCCUCUUCUACUGGUGGCUGCAGAUUGCGCUGGGCAUCGGCGCUGCCGCCGCCGCCUCCAGCCUCGUCUUCCCCGUCACCGCAGGCAGGCUGAGGGUGCCGAGAGAGAGAGAGAGGCGCAAGGUGCGGCUGAAGACGGCCGAGGCGCUGCGCGGGCUGGCGGGCCUGACCUCCGCCACGGUGCGCCACAUGGCGUGCAUGCCGCUGGGCGCCGACGGCCUGGCGGCGGGCCUCACCGGCACGCUCGACGGCCACAACGCCAUUGACACGGGCCUCAGCGACUCCUUCCGCCCGCUGCACGACGAUGCCACCGCGGUGGGGGCCUCCAUCGCGCAGGCCCGCGCGCUGCUGGGGGUGGUGGGCACAGAGUGGAACGUUUACUCAGCUGCCCACACCUUCCCGCGGGAAGCUUACGAGAUCCUGCUGCACAUCAACCGAGCCUACCUGUCAUCCAUCAUGGCCCUGCUCUACCCGCUGCAGAGCGGGCGCCUGGCGCUCAGGGCUGUGCACACGAUGGGGCGUCAGUUCCGGGAGGCCGCCGACCUGCUGGCUGCAUGCAUGCUGGCCGCAGCGGACUGCAUCGACAGUGGGGGCAGCUAUGAAGAGGCGCUGGGUGAGGCCCUGGGGGCGGCGGGGGCGGCGGUGCGCCGAGUGUUCUUCACGCUGCCAGAGGCGCUGCACCGCUCCCAGCCCCAGGCGCGGCAGGCCUGCUACCGUCACUUCAAGGGCAGCAAGGUGUGGGAUCUGUCGCAGCCGCAGGAGCAGCUCAGGUGGGCUGGCAGCGAGCGGUGGGGAGCGGGUGCGCUGCUGCCGCCGGCGCCGCCCGCAGCCCCGCAGCAGCCGCCCUCGCCCCGCGCCCAGCAGCCGCUGCUGCCUGGGGCACAGCAGCCGCCGUCGCCCGAGGCUGAGCAGCAGCAGCAGCAGCAGCAGGAGCGGCAGCGGCGGCAGCAGAAGCCAGGUGGGCGGCUGCGCACGCUGCCCAUCUGGCGCCAGCUGUCACCGGGGCGGCUGUUCGGCCGGGGCCAGCCACCCUCGCCGCCAUACUCCGACAAGCAGCCAGCGACGCCGGCGGGGCGCCUGCCCGAGCUGCCCAGCUGGCACCACCUGCCCAGCAGGGGCGUGGGCGACGGCGGCGGCGAUGCUGGCACUGUCAGCGGCAGCAGCAGCAGCGGCGGCGGCGGCGCGGCGCCAGCCGAGGAGCUUCUGGCAGAGUCGCUGUGGCAGGCUCCCGACGCCGCCACUGUGGCCCAGCGCUUCCCGCCCACCCUCUACCUGCCGCCGCAGGCGCGCGCGGGGCGGGUGGCGGCGGUACUGCAGGCGGUGCAGCAGCGCACCGGCUUCUCGGGCGAGCACCUGGCGCUGGCGCUGCAGCUGGCGGCUGCCAUGGCGGCUGCCUGCACGCUGCACGUGGUGGAGGCGAGCUACCGGGCUCUGGAGGAGAAGACGAUCUGGGCGGUGGUGACAGUGUGUGUGGUGCUGGAGUCGGCCAUGGGCGGCCUGGUGCUGAAGAGCGGGCUGCGCAUCGUGGGCACGGGGGCGGCGGGGCUGCUGGGCGCGGGCGUGCUGGGCUUGGCGGUACUGUGCAACGGCGGGCACUACGGGAACCAGCCCCCCAAGUUCAUCGCCAUGACCUCCUUCCUGUCCAUGGUACUGGCGGUACUGAUGGCCAACCACGUGCGCUUUGCGGUACCGUACGGCUACGCCUGGUCCUGCGCCAAGUUCACCACGCCCAUCAUCGCGCUGUCAGGCUACGUGGCUGAGAGCGUGCAGUGGGUGACCGCCUGCUGGCGGCUGGCCAACAUCUCGAUCGGCAUCGGCCUGGACCUGGCUGCCUCCACCCUCAUACUGCCUGUCACGUCCCGCCGCGCCACACAGCACCGCGUGCAGGAGGUGGUGGAUGGGCUGGCUGAGCUGGCAGAGGCGGUACUGCUGCAAUUUGUGGAAGAAGACGGGCAGCAGCUGGGGCCGCCGCCAGACGCGGCAGACGCGGCGGCAGCAGGCUCCGGCCCCGGCACCGGGCGAGCGGGCAGCCAGACGGGCGGCGGCGCCGCGGCGGCGACGCCCGGCCGGCGGCGGCGCAGCACGCUGCCUGCGCGCACGCCGCUGAGCAGCUCCGAGGCCGCGGAGCUGGCGGUUGCCGCGCUGGCGGGUGCCGUGCAGGCGCGGGAGGAAGCCGCCGCCGCCAGCCUGCAGCGCCGCCACUCAGCCUCCAGCCCUAGCCACGGCGGCAGCCUGAGCCUCAGCGGGGAGCAAGACAGCCAGCAGGCGGCGUGGACGCCCACGGCGUCGGCGGCGUCGCCGGCUGCGGCAGAGACGCCGGUGUCGGCGCGGCAGCGCCUCAGCCGCCUCUUCCGCCGCUCGGCGGCGGCUCCCCCGGCGGGCGGCGACAAUGCCGGCGGCGACGGCGGCGGCAAGGAGGAACUGGCGGUGGCCGGAGGCCGCUGGCAGCCGCCGCGCGGCAAGGGCGGUCGCGGUACCGGCGGCGGUACCGCCGACCUGGAGCUCAUCCUGGUGCCGCGGGACGAGUGGGACGGCGGCGAGGAGACGGCUGGCGGGCGCUGGGGCGACGGCGCCGCGGCCGCCAGCCCCAGCCCCAGCCCAGCCAGCACCCCGCUAUCGCCGGGCCUGGCAGCGGCGCCGCUGCCUGGCGCCUCUCCCGCGGUCCCGGCCAGUACCUCGCCCCGCCCGCAGUCCCCCCUGGCGGGCACGCUGGGCACGCCUCCCGGCCUGCUGCCCGCAGGGCUGGACGCCUCGCCGCCGCUGCCGCCGCCGCUGUCCCUGGGCCGCGCGGCGGCGGGCCCGCUGCAGCGCGCGCCGCCGCCCUCUCCGCCCCUCGCCUCUGCCUCCCCCUUCACCCAGCCCGCGGCGCAGCAGCCGGCGGCGGCGGCGCAGCAGCAGCUGUCCCCUCGCUCCGCGUCCUCCCCUCGCACCGCCGCGCGGCGGCCCGCCUCCCUGCCUCCCGACCUACCGACUGUCGUCAGCCAGCAGGCAUUCAUCACUGAAGAGCUCCCCUCCCUGCCGCCCCUCCACAUCCCGCUGCACCGCCAGCUGACGAUCGCCGAGGAGGCCGCAGCGGGCGCGGCGGCGGGCGCGGCGGCAGGCGCGCAGCCCGGCAGCGCCGGCGGCGGCGGCAGCGCCGGCCGCGGCGCCGCCUCCGACCUCCCUCUCUACCCUCGGGACUCGCCCUUUGGCGCUGCCGCCGCGCAGUGGCAGCAGCAGCGGCAGGGGGCGGCCAGGGCUGGCAGCGGCGGUGGCGGCGGCGAUGGCGGUGUGGGAGCGGCGGCGGUCUCAGCCCUGCGCCGCCCCUCCACCUCCAGCACGGUGCGGGGCGUGGCUGAGCAGAUGGGCGAGGCGCUGCGGGCGCUGGGGCUGGUGCUAGGCGGGGAGCUGGCUGUGGGGCGGGCGCUAGAGAUGGUGUUCAACCUGCAGCUCCAGGUCCAGCUGCUGCUGCUGGAGGUGGAGCAGGAGGAGGCGGCCGCGCAGGCCAGCCAGACGGACGCGGUGCUGGGCGUGGCGGCGCUGGGCAUCAUGUUUUCGGCCACCCAGACGGUACAGCUGCUGUACCGCUGCGUGCUGCGCCUGCUGGGCACCCCCCAGCAGGCCGCCGCCGCCGAGGACGCCUUUGCCCAGUCCGCGGCGUGGGGCGCCUCUGUGGAGGCCAUCCUGGUGGCGCGCGGCGUGGUGCUGACCAGCCUGGCUACCGACGGCGAGGAAGCGGGCGGCGGCGGCAGCGCCCAGGCGGAGGCGGACGCCGAGGCGGCGGCGCUGCAGGAGCUGAAAAUGGGCCGCGGCGACUGA